CUGUAAGGCAACAAUGCAUGACUUCCAGUUGUAUACUGUAUUUUCAUGUAGUGUUCUCCACCCUGUUGAGAAAUAGGGUAAUCACAAAUCUCUCAGUUUGUGGGAGAGACCUCCUCCCUACUUGGACUCAACUUGCUCUCUCUCAUUUUUCUAAGACGUUCCUCAGAAUAUUUAGUUUUCUCCACCCUACCCCAAACAGUCUGGUCUACCCACUGUGACAUCUCUCCAAAAAUGACAACCCCAACCGUUCUACACCCCCUACACAGCAUGGAAUUUAACUUUUCUUUACUCACACUCAUCCAUCCCAUCUCACCCCACUUCGUCCUCUCUCUCUCUCUCUCUCUCUCUCUCUCUAUCUCUCUCACACACACACACACACACACACACACACACACACACCAGCAGAUCCUCCACUCGGGUGCUUCUCUGAUUUUGUCCAGCUUGCUGUUCCAUAAUCUCCCACACAUGGCUGGACAAACACACUCUUUCAUGGUUAGGCACACAAAUGCACACACCCUCAAAUGCUCUGACUGACCAGUUCCAGAUGUUUUUAGGGCAUUUGUGUUUUCAGGUCAUCUCCUCUCUUUCUUUUUCAAUCUCUAGCUGAUAGAGUGAGUGCCCGAUGGAAUGGUGUGACUAAGCGUUCUUGAUGAGAGGCACUGAGCAAAAUUAGGGUUUUGUUUGAUCCACAGGUUGGUCAUGUCUAGUCUGAGAAAGGGCUUUGGGUAAUGAUCACAUGCCUGUCUCUGACACUGUGGAAUGUACCAUUAGACAUAAGGCUCUCAAACACCAUAAUACUUAUUAUGAACAGGUCAUUACAGCUGUUGCUCACUGUAUCUUGGAAUUUGCAUGACUAGCUGAUGGGUGUGUUUGCUGUUCUUGUAAAUGUGUACUUUUGUGUUCUCACCACAUAUCAAUACGUUUUCUGUGUCCUAAUGCUAACUGUCCCAACGGUUCUAUAAAAGCCAUUAUGAAUUUGCAACACAGCUGUAGCUUUUGCAAAUUUUGCCUAUCUUAACUAACUGUGUGGUGCUCAAAGGAUGUAACCAUGCUACUGUCACUCAGCAAUGGGUGUUUCUACAACUAUGGGCUGUGUGAAGUUUUAGAAAUUAAACUCUCACUUUCAAACUUACUAGUUUAUUUUAAAUUUCAAGAUGAAUAUCCAACUGUGGAUAUAAAUGCAUCACAGGAGAAUCAUUCUUUUUCUCUAGACCGUAAUUAACAAAUGUAAUUUCCACCAUCUCAAAUCACUAUUUAUUCUGGAAAUGACAGUGGAAGAAAUAACAUUGUAAACCUCUUUGGAACUCCUUUGUCUUGCAAAUUCUAAUAGCAUUUUAUGUAUCCUAAUUAUAUAAUUUUUUACAUAAUUUGAGAAAAUUACAGCUUGAUUGGAAUUGACAUACAAUUAAAAACAUGUCUCAAAUGGAGUCAUCUCCAGUAACUUUUGUGGCAGAAAAUUAGUGGCAGAAUUGUUGGUCGUGGUGGAAAUUAUGCCACAACUUUGGCACAGUUGUCAUUUGUGUUGAAAUAUGUCAUUUUGUCAAUAUGUCACAAAUGUUUUUUUGAAAUUAUUUACAUUUACAUUUGUUUAGAUUAUUAAAGUUUUACAUUUUUUAUAAUUAAUCAUUUUAAGUUGAAUAUUCAUGCUUUAAGAUUGCAAGUCUGGACGGUAAUACAAUAAAAUCUAAAAGGUACAACAGGGCUAAAGGUAUACCUUAAGGAAAAUAAUUUUUUUUCUCAUCACAAACUUUAUCGAGAUAAUGGGGAGUUGUGCGUGGAUGCUGCGGAGAAUAGCGUGAAGCCUCCACACGUGCUAGGUCUCCGCGGUAACGCGCUCAACAAGCCACAUGAUAAGAUGCACGGACUGACGGUCUCAGACGCGGAGGCAACUGAGAUUCAUCCUCCGCCACCCGGAUUGAGUGCAAAGUUGCAAUGGUGUACAGGUUAUUGUGAAAGAUGAGAAGAAGUUUGCCAUGCUGUUCUCCUCCAUCGUUCUUCCAUGUCAUUACACCACCCAUUCUACUCAAACAGCCGUGGUGCAAUGGUGGUAUAAGUCCUACUGUACAGACCGCACUCGGGAUUCCUUCACCUUUCCUGAGACCCUGGGGGUCCACGUCUCUGAUCUGGGAGCGACGUCUCAUCUGGACUGCUCUGACAAGGGCCGCACAGUUCGCAUAGUGGCUUCUGGACAGGGAGCUUCCAUGACCUUAGCAGAACACUACAAAGGAAGAGACAUCUCCAUCAUCAACAAAGCAGACUUGCACAUUGGACAGCUGCAGUGGGGAGACAGCGGUGUGUACUUCUGUAAAGUGAUCAUUGCUGAUGACCUGGAAGGGAAAAAUGAAGGCCAGGUGGAGCUGCUGGUGCAGGGUAGGACAGGUGUGCUGGAUGACAUCCUGCCUGAGUUUGAUUUGGAGAUUAUGCCAGAGUGGGUGUUUGUGGGAGUUGUCGUGACAGGUAGCGUCCUCUUCCUGUUGUUGGUUGGGAUCUGCUGGUGUCAGUGUUGCCCUCACUCCUGUUGCUGUUAUAUACGCUGCUGCUGCUGUCCAGAUACAUGCUGCUGUCCAAAACACUUAUAUGAAGCUGGGAAGAUGGCAAAGAACAGCCAACCUCCUCAGAUUGCCAUGUAUCAACCUUUUUAUGUUCAUGGUGUUUCUGUGGUUCCUCCAGCCGCACCACCAUCUCUCAUUGAACCCAAGUUGACUGCAGUGCCUCCUUCUGUAGAAAACAACAUAGCUGGUGUGCGCAGUGGCUAUCGUCUCCAGGCCAGUCAGUGUCAGGACGCUAUGAAGGUUGUGUACUACGUAGAGAGGGACCUGGCGCAGUUCCACCCUACCAAAGGGGCCGGCUGUCCAUCUGGCAGCCUAUCAGAACUGAGCUCUCUGCAUGAUGGUGAUUUAGACUUCAGGCAGACCUAUCGGCAAGUCCAGAGGAAGGCACUGCCUCCCAUCAGCGACCACACUAACGAGUCUCGUCUCAGAGCAGCAUCAACUGGCCAUGCGCUCCGCCCCUCACAUUAUCAGAGUAAUCACUCUGUGGACGAGGAUGACAACAGAUGGAACUGCCACUCGGAGCACCUGCCCCGCAAAGCCUUUGACGCCAGGGGGCGCACAGUGUCACUAGAUGAACUGGAAGAGUUUGCGAUGACGUAUGGCCCACACGGUCGUCGGAGAGGUGACUUUCAUGGACCUCAGCGAGACUUCGAAAGGGGCCCAAGGCCACGGGACCAUCACACGUCAUACCGAGAUGGCCCACAUUGUUCUCGUGAUGACGAUGAUGAUGACUGGCGUCGUCGAGGCUCGCCACCUUCCCCGCGUAAAAGGCACGACAAUGGCGACAGUGAGCGUUAUGCUGCCCGUCAAAGGUCGUAUGAUGAAACCUACCUAAACAGUCUGCUGGAGCGCAAGGCCAGGUGUAAUGGAGAAAGGGGUGGGAGGACCGAUAAUGACAGUGACACACCCUCAAAAGGCAGUUCUAAAAAGAGCAGUGACUGUUACAAUAGCAGGUCACCUAGCAACCGGCCUGAAGAGGAUGAUUCUUUACCUCCGUACUGUGAGAGGGAAGUGGAGAGGUUUAGAACUGAAGAGCAUAUAGGGAGGGAACGCUACAGGACUGUUGAUCUUGCCAUGCGCCCUUUUUCUUAUAUGCGUCCACCACAAGGGUUGUCCCACACACUACAGGAGCACAGGGAGGACAGGGACAAACCCAGGAAACUGACCACUCAUCUAAGCAGAGACUCUCUAAUUGUGUGACACCAUCAGACUGAGCUGACAUCAUACUAUUAACAUCCCCAUCAAGCUACAGGGAAAUCCACCAGACACCAAACAUCAAUCAGUCAGCAAGGCACAUAUUAUGCCUGAGAACCUAUGCUGGUUAAGAGCAAGAACGUGAAUGGUCAUGUUUGUGUGAGUCUGUGCUUCUUAUAAAGACUACCACAACACUAGAAGUCAGUGAAAUACAGUUUACAUGGUCAAAGAGGACUUUAAAAUGUUCAAAUGAUAUUUAAAAAUAAUUUUAAUUAUUCUCUUUAGCUGUGUUCUGAACAUUCCUUAAUAUUUGUAUGUCUUAUGUACUUUAAUUGGACACUGUCUCUGAUGUUUCAUAAUUGCCAUUGCCUUUGUUUGCACUGUUGUACUGUAAAUUUCUGUGUCAGUGUUAAUAGUUUGCUCUCAAGGGAAGUAUGGAAUGAUUGUGCUUUUGAUAAUGUGCCAUUUAUUUGUAUUUCACGGUUUUGAAAUAAUGAUUUUGAUAUGAUCACUUGCUGCGUGUUUAUUUUCACUAGUAUGAUUGAUAACCUUUGUGUAUUCUUGACAACAUAUCUUUUGUUCCUUAUCACCUAUAUUAGUGUAAACUAUGAACAUGAACACUUACCACAUUGCUCUUUCUUCAACAUACAUAAGAAUACAAAUAGGACAUUUUUUAAAUAUACAGACAGGAAACGGGACAGGACACAGUAAAAGGAAGAAUUCUUCUUUCCAGGAUGAGAUUACAAUACCAGGAAACACUGCAGGUGUUUAGUGCUCAGAUUUUAUGUUUAGCUUUCUGGAUAUCUGUAUCUAUCUCUUUCUCACACACUCUCACAUUGUUUUAAAGUUAAUAAAUUAUUCAUAAUAAACUGUUAAAAGUUAAUAACUUAAUGAUAAUUAACUAUACAUAAGUAAUCAACAAAGUCUCAUGACAAAUUGUAAUAAUUUGGCGAAAUCAUAAGAUAUCGUUCAACCUUAAUUUUAUACCAACUAAUCAACAAACAGAAUCUCAAAUCGAUGCAAUACAGGCAUCGAAUUUUAGCUAGCCUCCUUUAAAACACUUUAUUUGAAGAAAGAAAACAUCUAUGAACAACUUUGGUUAUUCAUUCAAUAUUUAUUUAUGCAAUAAAAUUAUGUCAAAAACCUGCAAUACGCUUCCCUUUGUUUCGUUCCAAACCCUGUUGUUUUCUUUCAUGGCAGACAUAAGUUAUUUACAUUUCCUGUUAAAAUCAUGGUAAGGUUUAGGGUUUGGGUAGACUUUAAGGUUAGGUUUAUGUUUGGGUUAGGGGUUAAAUGUAGGGUAAAUCAUAAUAAAUGUUUGUUGGUUGUUUAUUUUUCUCUAUGAGAGAUUAAAAGAACUGUUGGAGGAGAACAGUAUAAAGAUUCUUCGAAAUUUCUUCUUUUGUCUUCCACGAAUACAAAUGCCUACAGCAUAUGGGUUUUGAAUGUCAUGAGGGUGAAUAAAUUAUGACAAAACUUUCA